AAGUACAUGGAGGAGUUAUGUAAUUGCAUGUAUAACCGAUGGCAAAAAACAGCGAGUAUUUCCCUUGGAUUACUCGAAGUGGUCAAAAACUUCACGUUUCUACACCAAAACAGCUGCAACGUUCAAUGUCUGAUUCUUACAAAUUUCUCAACUUCAUGACUAUCCUCGGACCCGCUAGACAGGGUAAAUCAUUCCUCAUGAAUUGUCUCAUCGGUGACAGCGUGUUUCCCUCAGCGGACACAUUGGGUGUGUGUACAAAGGGGAUUCAAGUAUCAAACGUUGGCUUUAAAGUCGGAAACGCUGGCUUUGCUUUCUUUGUGGACACGGAAGGACAGGGAGAUGAAGGCAUCGAGAGCGACGCCACCCUUCUGACACCAAUUAUUCUCUUGUCAAAAGUAAUCCUCUUCAAUUGGAAAGGUGGUCUCCAAAAAAACCAAAUCCUAAAUGAGCUCGCUCUUCUAGUCGAGGUCGCGAACUGUGUGUCGUCCAAAAGUUUCGAAGAGGACAAACCGAAAUUUGGACAUCUGCAUAUCGUGCUACGGGAUUUUCAUUUUGAAGGAACGGUUAAGGAAGCUUUCGCCAUGAUUUUUGAUAAUGAAAAUAAACGCGGAGAACAAGUUAAAGAGCGCAACAAGAUACGUGAGAAGCUGCUCUCCUCUUUCGAAAGCAUUGAUGUCUGUAUUCUUCCAACACCUCGCGAAGACGUGCGUGAGCUUGAUCUUCAUUCUACAACUGAAGAGUUUCAACAAGGCAUCAAAAAGCUCAAAUAUAUUUUACUAGCUCAGAUGGACAUGCCACGUAGCUUUGGGACUGUCGAUGUCAAUUUCAACAAUGUCAACGCCUUUGUCAAAUCUUUUGCGGAAAAACUGGACGACGGUGACAUUGUGCAUGUCAAGUCGGUGGUUAGCCAGCUUCAACGAGGCACGGUCGACGAAGCAAAACGGAUUUUCGAGAAACGUCUUAUAGAGGCGUACAAGAAAAUCGAUGUUCCAGUGCAAAAUGGAUUGGAGAAAGUGUUAGUCAAGCAAAGAGACGCUCUUUUAGACGAGUUCAAAAAAGUUACAGCAGAAGUCGAUCUCGAGGACGUAUACAGGGACGACGUACUGGAAAGGUUGGAAGAUUUUGCAGAUCGUGAAAUAGAUGCAAAGAGAAAGGAAAACCAGCUUGCCACACAGUCCAGAAAGGCCGCACAAAACGCAAUUCUCGCGACAGCCGAAAAGACGUUCAGAUCAAUGGUGGAAAACGAGUUAAGCAAGGCUGAAGAAGGUGCCAUGCAGAUAGAACAGCGAUUUCCGAAAUAUUUGCAAAGAUUGGUCAAUUCCUUUUUGGAAAAGACGGGAGAGCUCGAUUUGAUACAAAAUCGAUUAGAAAAGUUGAAAGAUUUGAAAACAUGGGCUUCCAAGAGAAUGAAGGAAAAAGUUGAAGCAAAGAAGAACGCCGAAAGAUCGGAGCAGCAAGUUUGCUUGGCAAAAGCCGCCGAGGAUUUCAGAUCGGAAGUCGAGAAUGAGCUGCGGAGAGGUCGAGAAGCCUCGGGCCUUCGGGAAACCUUUCGAAAGAAAAGAGAAAACCUUGUCAGCAUUUUCCAAAACAGUACUAACGACUUGCAUCUAAUUUCCAAGCUUCAGGAAACAGAGUUAAAAAAGUUAAACAGCUGGGCCGAAAGGAAGUUUGAAGAAAAAGUUCAAGAUGCGGAACAAGAGGAGCAUGAGCGAAUGAAAUUAGAACACCAGCUCCGUGUACAGGCCAUGCAGCAACAACCAUCCUAUUACGGCCAAGAUUCAAGCUUUCCAUCAUUUGACUCUUGCCCAUAUACCAGCUAUUCGCCCCCGCAAGCAUGCUAUGACGGCCAAGGUUCAAGCCCAUAUACCAGCUAUUCGACCCCACAAUUCGCAUCCUCGUCGCCUCACAGUUCUCGAAAAUCGCCAUCAAUGUCUGAUUUAAAGUUCUAUGCAGGUGGUCAGUUCACACCCGGGGGAGGCCGGGCCCCUCGCGGUGGCUGCUAUAUGUUUCCCAGUUCAGUAUCCAGCUCCAGGUCGUCACCUUCCAGCUCCAGGUCGUCAGCUUCGAGCUCCAGGUCGUCAGCUUCAAGCUCCAGGUCGUCAUCCAGUGGUGGCCGUACUUUCUAUAAGGGAGGUCAAUUCACCCCAGGCGGUGGACGAGCACCUAAAGGAGGUUGCUGGAUAUAGAUCAAGAAUGUCCAGAAGGACCAGUGAACUCUUUAUCGUGUCUGUGGUAAAAACUAUAUGAAUGCCGAACAUAGCGGCUGUUUUAAAAACUCUAUCGUAGCAGUUUUAGUAAAAUCGUUUUGUUAUUUAGUAAUAUUUAAGGUAGGUGCAUGAACUUACUUAUACGAACGUGUAUAUAUGAAUAUACACUCACCCUUAAAUGGUCCCAAUAGUUAACAUUCACCGAAGACCGUAAGCGACGUUAUUUUCAG